AUGACCUUCAUCCAAGGACAAAUCAUCACAUGGAUGUUUUAAAUGUGUUUAUGUUUUCGAUCCUUUUAAACUUAAUUUAACAAAGAAAUUUUUUAAAGGUCUUGUCCUAGUUCUCAUUAAUACUGGCCAGGUAUUCAUCCUCAUAUGUGUGCAGGUUAUAUAUUUACACAAUUUUAAGGUGUUCCAAGAGAAUGUGGUGGAACAACAGAACUUAGAUAGGUUAUAAUUGGUGAAAAAGAAAUCAUGUGCAAUCCAUAAAUAUAAGGCUACGUAUUAUAUGGGAAUCUUGAUACUCAUUUACUUUUAGGAUGGUAUUUAUAUACUUUUUAAAUGGUAACAUUAGAACCUUCAAUAAAUUUUUCAACUUAUCAAAAUGUAACCAUUGAAAUUUAAUAAGGUGGUUUAUUAUGUUAAUUUAAUGGAACAAAUAAGAUUUAAAAUUAUAGAAAAGAUUCAAUUAUUAAUAUUUAAUGCAGAGAUCUUGAUACUUUGUUUGAAUGGAAUGAUGAUCAAAAAAUUAAAAUAGAAGUAAGCUGUGCUGAUUUAACAAUGAAUAGUAUUUGCAAAGAUGCUAACAAUAAGAUGAUAUAAGUAAAUAAAACAGAUACAAGUUAAAUCAUACUUAAAAUGACAGUUAAACCAUAUAGUAUUGUGGUAAUAAUUAAUAGAUAUUUAAAAUAGAUAGAUAUUAGAAUUAUUGUUUUAAUCAGAAAAAUAUAUUUGUAAGUUAAAAUGUUCAAUAAAAAUUAUUUUUCUUUAUGGUUAUUUUUCAAAGUCUCAAUAUAUUUUUGUAAUUCAAACUUAAUUCUUUUUGAUUAAAUAAAGAGUAAAAAUCUUAAUAAAAAUUAAAGUAAUCUAAAAAAAUGAACGAUACUAUUUAUAAUCAAUUCUACAAAAUUUAGGCAGGGACUGUUGAAGCCUCAAAAUAUGAUAAAUCAUAUUAAUUUAAAAUGAACAUUGUUUUUUUAGAUAAUGAUUUUCCAAUCCUAGAUGUUUAGUAUAGUAAAGGAUACACAAUAAGACCAAUAAAUAAUUAUGAAACAUUGCAAUUUGAUUUUAAUAUUCCUUUUGAAAAUAGAUAUAAUUUGUUGCAAUAUUAGAUUGCUAUUAUUUAUAAUUUUGAAUUGAUUAAGAUAUUUGAACCUUAAUAUUUUAAAUAUAAAUUUAGAUUGUUUGAUUAUUACCAAUAAUUCAAAAUGGGUAAUUAAUUUAAUUUAAAAUUUUUGGCUUAAUUCACUAAUGAUAUAAUACCUAGCCAAUCAGAUUUAUAAUUAACACUAAAUUAGCCUCCAUUUUGCACUGCUAAUUUAGUAUCAUUAAAUAUCUAAGCCUUAAAAUCGUAUAAAAUUGUGGUAAAUUGUGAUUAAUCAGAUGAUUCUCCAUUCACAUAUUAAUUGAGAUUCUUCCUAUAUGAUUAAGACUAUAAGGAUUUCAAAAAUUAAUUAUCUGAUUACUCUCUGAUUUUAAAUAACUAUUAAAGAUCUAAUUCACUUGAAUUGUUUUUACCUUAAGGUCAAGUAUUAGCUCUUAUUUAAGUUAUGGAUUCAAGAGGAUCAAUGGCAUAUUUAGAAUAGUAUAUAAAUGUAACAGAAAAAAAUUAAUUUAAUUGCUCUGAUUUUUAAUACAGAAAUUUUAAUUAUAAACAAUAAAUUAUAUUAUUAUUAGAAGUUUUAAUUAAUCAUUAUACCUUACCAGAUUGUGCUCGACUAUCAGAAUAAUUGCUUGAAAAUACAAAGAGUUUUUUAGAUUCAGAAGAUUUAAAUAAUUAAUUUUUAGCUCUACAAACAAUAAAAAUAUACAAACGUCAGAUUAUUAAGAAUAAAAACUCUCCUAAGAGAUUAUUAAAUGAAAUAGAAUAAAGAAGUUGUUAUGAUAAUAAGACUAAAUUAAUUUAUAUUAAAAAUAAUGAGAUUUAAAAAUAUUUCCUAAAAGAUAUUAAUAAUUUUCAAAAAGAUGCUUCAAAAUUAAAAAAUUAAGCUUAAAAAUUACUUAUGAAACAAACAAAUUUAAAAAAUCAAAUCAAUUAAAAUGAUAUAUUUAUGGAUGAAUAGCAAUAUUAAUUAUAAGAAUCAAUAACAAACUCAUUAGAAGCUGUAAUUUUAUUAAUUGAUGAUUUAUUCUUAAAAAUAUCAUAAACGUCUAUUAAAUCUAGUGAAGAUAAGGUUUAAAUUUUGGAUUUAUCCGAAAAAUUAAUUAAAUUAAUUGAUUAUUUAUCAACAUAUGUAAGUGCUUAAGUGUAAGUUAAUGGUAAAUCAUUUAUAUUGAAUGGGUAAAUUUUGAAAUUUCAAUAAGCCAAAAUAUCAAAAAAUGUCUUUAAUAUUUAAGAAGGUAUUGAUAAAGAUUUAAUGGAUGGUUUGAUUGCAUUUAUUUAUAAAGAAUAAUUGGACAUAUAUUUCAAUUAUUUAAAUACCUCCUCAAAUCAUUUUUCUGAAUUAAAAAAUAUAUUAAAUCAUUCAUUUUUUGAAAUUGAGAAAAACUCUUACGCAAGAACAAAAUUGUAAAACUGUCUUUAUUAAAAUGUAAUUACUAACUAUGAUUAAAUAAAAAACGAUUAUACUGUUGAUAUGAUUUAAUAUCCUUAUUGUGAAGGUGCAUUGUUACAACUACCCGCCUUCAAUUUUUAAUGCGUUUAAUACCAAAACAAUGGAUCAAUAUAAUAAUGCAAUUUAUUAAUUUAAGAAACUAAUAAUCAUAAUUAAUCUAUUUAGAUUUCUUGUUAAUGUUCUUAUCUUGGUGUUAUUUUUUUAACUAGGUACUAAAAUUUAUCAGGAAAUGAACAAGAAUUUGAAUAGACUUAGAAAAUUUAUGAAUAAAUUAAGGAUAAUUGCUCGCCCUUUCUUUUAUUUCAUGGAAUUUAUCUAGUCUUCUCGCUUUUCAUAUAUUUUGAAUUGAUUAAAUUAGAAUUUCCAUUAAUUGAUGUAUAACACAUUUUGACAGAAGCAUCUUUCAGUGAAAGUAAUCUUUUGAAAAAAAAUACCGACAAAUGGUUUAAAUUUUAUUCAAACAACAUAAAAAUUUAUUAAUAAUCAAUUAAAGUAAAAGUAAUUAAUAUAAAAUAGUUUAUUCAUGAAAUUACUAGUCUAUUCUAUUCUGAUGACUAGAUUAUUAAAAAAAGCUAUAAGUUCUUAAAAAUGUCAAUUUUUUUUAGUAUUUUAAUUCCAUUAUCAUUUUUUGAAACUUUUUUUAUUAAAACUGUAACUUUAAUAAUCAUUUUGAUUUUAAACUACUUAACUUUGCUUAUACUAAGAUUAAUUUUGAAGAUUUGUGAAGCAGUUUAUAGAUUUUAAGGCAUUUUUAAGGUUGCGAUAAUAGUUUUUUUUUUACUUAUCCAUCUUAUUUCUUAUAUUAUUUUUUUUUAUCAUUAUAUAUGUAAUCAUAUUUUUUAUUUUAGAAAAGGAUGCUAAGAGGAUCAGAAUUAAUAAAUGUUAAUCAUUAUAGGAAGUACUGUUUUUUUAAGUCAUGUUAUUUUAGACCCAAUAAUAAUUUAUAUAAGGGUUGUUCUUUACACAUAUAUUAUGA